GGUAGUUGUUUUUCGUUGACGGGCACUGAAGAUACGUCGUUGUCGAUAUUCUCAACUGAUAUCGUACGUCCUCUGCACGAUGGUUUCAUUUUCGACGAGACACUCGUACCAGCACGUCCCGUUACUCGACACGAUCAUCGUGAAAACAAGAUCUGGUUCAAUGCAUACGCAGUUGAUUUUUGGCGUUUAGAAUCGAAGAGAUCACUUGAAGCAAACAAUAAUAUCGCAGAUCGUGAAACAUGGCACCUCAUUCACGACUUUUCGGUAACACUUGAUAAGAUUAGUGAAGCGCUUUCAAAAGUUGGUCGUUCGAAGGAUCCGUUCGUGGAAAUAAUGAAGGAACUCUCUGAAGAAUACGACAAGAAAUUCCGUGGUGCAUUCGGAAUGAAGCAAAAAUAUUAA